AUGAGUGAAGCAGGAAUUACAGAGAUUAAAAAUAACAGAAGCAAUAAAGUUAAUAUCUAUAGGAAAGAAGAUGUUAGAUUUUCUGUUAGAGAUAAGUUUUAUAUUUCUGGUUUUAAAACUAAACUUGAAAAAAUAUUGAUAGUUAUAGAUUUAAGAAA